CAGUAGACGUGAGAGUUUUUUUUUUUUGAGGCGUUUCAGGGAGUGUUCUAAGAAAAACAAGAAUAUGCAAUAAAGUGCUUUACAAUUUUGCAAAAAAUAUUCAAAAUAUAAAAUUAAUGUUAUGUGAGUGUAGUAUAGAAACUGAUUGUGGAAAUUUUCUGUAGAAUUCAUGAGACAGUGCCAAGUGAGUAGACGAUGCGGUUCAACAAACUCGAACUGGCCACAUUAGCCACACAACCAAGCAAUAAAUUCGAGAAAGAAGGAUUGGUCUGGUUCACGGACAGGGAGGGCUUCUUCCGACGUACAGAAGGGGAUCGGGAAAGUGGAUCAGGGCAGCGUGGUUCAUGGAAGAGACGAAAGAGUUUAAGUUGUAUAGGUGGCACCGGCAAAGUGAGUACUGAACGUUGGUGUCGCUUGCGUGGAAAUUUGCUUUUCUACUUCAAGACGAGUGAUCAAUUUUCUGAGCCACAGGGUGUUAUUGUAUUAGAGAAGUGCAAGGCUACAAUUUACAGUGAUACUCGAGAGUCAGAUGGAUAUGCAUUUUAUAUUGAGUUUGAGGAUGGUUUGACACAGAGAAUAGCCACAAAUUCAGAGGCAGAGCGUUCGGAUUGGACAAGAGCCAUUCAAAUGGCUAGCUAUGGAGAAUUGAGGAAGCAGCUGCAGGUGCUCAUGGAGAAAAUUGAGAGGAAGCGCGGUAACACUCAUGACCUAGACGUUGACAUGCUACGCUUACAGAACGGAAGAGAAAUCGAUAUCAACGAAGUACCUCUUUGUGAGUCUGCCAUUAUGUGCGAUAAUCUCCUGUGCGAUGGCAAUGGACGACCACCUAAUCCAUCAGUUGUUGUCCAAGUUACCACAUCCAAUCGAUUGGGUUGGAUCAAAUAUGGACGCACCGAAGUGAUUGAGAGAUCGUCAAAUCCACAAUUUCUCUGUACAAUCACAUUUCGUGCUUCUGAUGGUCUCAAUCCGUCAUCACAGAUUCGUUUUACAGCUUAUGAUGUUCGAGAAAAAGUGUCUCAAACUGCCGUUCCAUUGGGAACAGCAGAAAUUGCUUUAGGUGUUAUUCAGGAUACCACUCGCCUCCGAAUCCCCUUUAGAUCAAACACUGGCAAUGCUGGAUUCAUUACAAUUCUCUCAUGGAGUCCAGAUCAAGAUAAGAAGGCUUCGACAUCGAGAUCACCAGCUAAGGCAUCUGAACAUCAAACAAUGGGUCAUCGAAGAUCACAAUCAUUGCCCCCAAAGUUAGGGGUUAAAUUGUUUGUGCCACCGCAGGCAAAGUUAUCAUUAAUGUUUACAAAUCCAAUAAUUCACACGUAUCGACUGCAAUCUGGAUUGGGAGGGGAUAUUACGGUGCAUGAAAUGAUGCUGGAGAGUCAACUGUGCUUUAUGUUGCCACAGCAAUUACUGUCAAUCUGGAUACUGCGUGAAAAGGAAUUGUUACAGGAGAUUUCGGGAAUGGGUGAAUUGGGGGGUGAGUGGCGGAAUAAGCAGAUGGACUUGCUGGAUAAGCAUUUGCGUUUACUGAAGGACUAUUCGCAGGCCAAACAGAAUCUGCAACAGCGUACAGGGAAAUAUUUCAAACCAUCGAGUCAUAAGGGUGAUGAAUCAUUGGAAUUUGCACCGGUAAAUUUGCACUUGCAGCGUCUUUGGGCACACAAUGAGACACUUAAACGUUCAGGAGUUUUGGAUAUUGUCACUGUGGGGGCUUUUACGAGGCACAAUGGUAAAACCAAAACUGGAGGUUUGAUUAAGCAACUUCAGCAGUUAAAACAGUCUCCAUCGAAAAUGGAACAAUUGCAGAAUGGAUGCAAAGUUCAGGCUGCUAAUGAUGCUGUUCAGGCCAUUAAGCAACUGAGAAAAGAAAUUGUUGAGAUAAUGUCACAAUUGCUAAUGCUGGCCAAGAGUAAAAAUCCCAAAGGGAUGCUUCCGUUGUGCAAUGAGAUGAUGACAAAAACGCGAUCUCUGUUAACACUUUGGGAGCCCAAUUUGGUCGAAGAAGCCUUUGAAUUUAUUGAAAGGCAUCGGAUUAUUGAAGAUUCCACAGAUAAUACUUUAACUCCCAUGUCACCAUUUAAAAAAAUAACCCAACAACUUGGAGCUUUGGAUCUCAAAUCGCCAGAUUUGGAGGAUUUUGCCACACCAAUGGGUCCAGCACCUGAUUUAUGGCCUCGAUCUGGCAGCAAAUGGUCUAAGACACCAACGGGAACACUAAAGGGGAAAUCACCAUCGGCUACAGAUUUAAAUACCCUUUCGACAAUUCUGGUGGAAACAGCAGCUUCAUCCAAGAAGGAUCCCCUAUCAGAAAGCUGUGCCUCUGAAGCAGAAAUGCUGUCAUGUUCACUUCCAGUCACUUGCAAUAUGGACACAGAACUCAAAUUCAAUGAGACACAUUUUGAUGUCAAUGGAGAAAUUUCCACGACGGACUCAUCAUCAACUAAGCACAUGUCUGAAGAUUCAUCUGGAGGAGGAGGAGGAUCACAAAUGGAAUCUUUUGACGAGAAUGGGUAUAUGUUGGAAAAUCCAGCCAUUGUAUUGGGUCACAAUGGAGCUUUUCUCGAUACAAAAGUCAUGAGUUCUAGUCCAUCAGCCAAUUACUAUCGGCCAACAGAAGAGCCAGAGCCACUAGAUCUAACACAGUUGAAUAUUGAGGCAUCUGUAAUGUGUUUAGUGAGCAAAGUAAAAUUUCUCUGUGGACGAUGUGGGAGUCCUGCUGUGAGACUGAGGCAACCCAAGAGUGUUGUUAAGAGAUCGGGCUUUACAGCAACACCACCAGAUGUUGUGACAAGUCAACCGGGUUUACAGCAACCUGUUCAAGAGCCAGAAACCUCCAAUCAGGUCCCAUUGGCCAAACCACCAAAUUUAUGUAGUAAGGACUUGAAUUUGGCUCUAACGCAGGCCAUUGGAGAGGUUACCAGGAAAGUCAAGAAAGGCAAUAAAUUCACUGAUGGACUUGAUUUGUCCAUGACAACGGACUGGACAUCAGAACUGAGGCCGUCGAUGAGAAAGUUAAGACAAGCCAUGGAUGGACUGCUAAAAACUGCAAGGUUGAUUCAUUCUGUACAGAGGCUCCAACAGGACAUGAAGAGAACCACAGCCACUCUCAAUAUAAUGUACCGUCGCGAUGUCUGCUUCUCUCAAGCGUUAACUGCCUUGGUAUCGGGAUUGAUGGCCAAACUAUGGGGCACACAAAUAAGUGACAAUAACAUUCAAUUGAUGUGCAAUUUGGGACCUCUGGCGUAUUUUGAGGGCCUUCUGUCGCUGUAUGGAUUAGAGACGGAUAUGUGGGGUGAUAUGUGUGUAGCCAUAGAAGAUCUAUCAGCUGUCAGAUUUACCCUGAUUCGCAGUAAUAUUCAGCGAGACACAAAGCUUUUGCCAAUACCUCGAAUUGUGGGCUCUCGGCAGGCCCUAACGGUACUUCUGCCCGUUCCGGAAGUGCUAUACUGUGCUUUGCCUACAAAGGAAACACCUACCUUUAAAGUCACUCCUGUCUUCUUCAAUAUUGGCAUCAAUGAGAAAGCUACGCUUUCAGAGACACUGCGUUAUACAGCCGAACAGCAUCGGUCUAAUUGGGACAAUUUCGACAGACUCAAACAGUAUCACAUUCGGUACAAGAAACUUAAUCUCACCGUUCCCGAAACGCCAACGAAAAGUGAACCACAUGUGCCAACACAAACUGUCGUGGGGCUCCUCAAUACAAUGGAGGAUCAGUUGAAGCUGAAUACGUCAAAAAAUGUCAAGAUUCUCCAUUUGGCUGAGGACAUCACGAGAGCUCUCCAUGGAAUUCAAUUUACAUCAUGCAAAAGUGCCAAAGAUCGAACAGCAAUGGCUGUUACGUUACAGCAGUGUCGACUCCUUCAACAAGAAUUUCAUCUUCCCGCUACCAGCUUGCAGACCGUCAUGGAUACUAUGAGAAGUGAGGGAACAAGAGCAGAUAACACGAUGAAAAACAUCGGAUUGCGGAAGUAUGCAUUCAAUUUGCCUCAGGUACUCGCACUUCCAAGUCUCUAUAGGCCUCCAGCAGGAAGUUACGGCAAGGCCCAGACUUAAUCAAAUGGAUUUAAGUGGGUUUCACCGGUAUUAUAAAUUUUGAUGCGUUUGCCAUGCAAAGUUGAGGGUAUUUUUUUUUAAUAAUUCCCUCUUCGACCUACAUCUCAACAUUAUCUUCCGGUAAGAUGAAGUUAAUUGUAAUUCUCUUCUUAAAUCUUCUUCAGAUAGAGUUGUAUACAAUUCAGCAGCAAUAAUUGAACACUGUUGAAUCCUUUUUAAUAAAUAUAAAAAAGAAAAUGGUUUGAAGUAUAAGAUGAACCAGGAAAAAAAAAGAUUACCAAAGAUUGUGUUACGAAAUGUAGAAAAAAAUGACAACAGGAAAAAAACUAAUUUAAAAAAUGUGCCAAAAUAACACACAAUUUUAUUUGUUAAAUCUUCUUUUAUUUAAUGUAAUUUUACCUAAUAAACAAUCUUCCAGUA